AUGGUCUGCCACAACAGCAAGGGAACACCUAAAACAGUUGGGCUAACCAAAUUCUGGUCUACACCAUUCGUUGGGUACGACCUAGUAUUGGGGUAUCUAUGGCUGGCUGAGGCAGACCCAUGUAUCCGUUUCUCCACAGGAACCUACGAGUGGUUCACUGACGACGUCGAGAGAGUCCAGCUGGUGACCGCCGAACAAUUGUUCAGUGAUCUGGAGCCAGGCGAGCAGCCAUACCUGCUACAGCCCGAGAGUCUGGGCAUGGGUGGUCCAGCGGACGUCCAUCGGACGGACGCCGGACAGACGCCGGACGCGCCCCUCGCCGAAUGGUCAAGGAUCAUGGCAGUGGGAAUCGACGGCGGCCCCAUCCCAGAAGAUGACGCCCUAGAUAUGGAGGAGCUCAAGUAUGUGCCAGAGCACCUCCAUCAUAAGUAG